AUGGCUAAAAAGAAAGCAGGAAGCACCAAGAAAGAAGAAGAAAUUGCUGUGCUUGAGUACUUGACAAAAGUAAACAGACCUUACAGUGCCACUGAUAUAUUCAACAACUUACAUGCCAAAUACACCAAAGGAGCUAUUACAAAAGCACUGGAUCAAUUGGUCAAAGAUGAAUCCAUCAUAUCGAAAACAUACGGCAAGUCCACCAUCUACUCUGCCAAGCAAUCAUUGGACGAUGUGCCCUCAGAAAAAGAAGUGAGAGCCAUGGAAAAGUCAUUGGAAGAACUCGCAGAGAAACACGAUGCACUAGCAAGUGAGAACAGGACAUUAGACCAAGUAUUGGCAAAGACGAGAAGCGAGCCAACAACAGACGAAGCAAAGGAAUUAUUGGAAAAAGCCAAAACAGAGAAUGAGCAACUGAAAGAGAAACUGGAGAAAUUAAAAUCUGGCACUGUAUUGAUUCCUCCAGAAAAGAGAAAAAGAGCCAAUGAUGACUUUGACACAUAUAGACAAUUAUGGAAGAAACGAAGAGGCAUGUUUCGAGAGAUAUUCAAAACUGUGACAGAACACUAUCCUGGCAAUCCAAGUGAGUUGAAGGAAGAGCUAGGCAUUGAAGAGGAUCCUAUACCAUUCGAACAAGAUCCACUUGUCAACUAA